UGUGCAUCACUAUACCUGACUGAUAGUAGAUAUGGGACAGGCAGUUUGAAACGACAUCUAGAUGCUUGCUCGAAAAGAGAUAGCAGAGAUGUUGGGCAAAUGAUGCUUUUAAGUCAAAAUAAGAACUCCUUAAGUCUAAGCUCUAAAUUUGAUCAUGAGAAAUUUAGGGAGUUGUUGAUAUAUGCAAUUAUUAUGCAUGAUUUUCCUUUUUAAUUUACUGAGUGGCCAGGCAUUAGAGCUGUUCUUCUUUAUUUACGAGCAGAUUUGAAUAUUGUUACUAGAAAUACUAUGAAGGCUGAUUGCCUUAAAUUAUAUAAAAGGGAGAAAGAUAGAUUAUUGGAUAUGUUAAAGGAUAAUUCAAGUAGAGUUUGUUUGACAUCUGAUUUGUGGACUUCUCUAACCACUGAUGGAUAUAUAUGUUUGACUGUACAUUUUGUUGACAAGAAUUGGCAUCUGCAAAAAAGAGUUCUGAAUUUUGGUUUUAUGCCACCUCCCCAUAAUGGAAUCUCAUUGGCUGAAAAAAUUCACAUGUUUUUGAAGGAUUGGGGUUUAGAAACGAAGGUUUUUUCAAUUACAUUGGAUAAUGCUUCUGCAAAUGAUGUUUGUGUUCAGUUUUUGAGAGACCAAUUAUUGGUAGGAGGAGGACUUCUAGGUUAUGGUGAGUUCUUUCACUUGAGAUGUUGUGCUCAUGUAUUAAAUUUGAUAGUUCAGGAAGGAUUGAAAGAAGUUGAUGAAUCUAUGGUAAAAGUCAGAGAAAGUAUCAAAUAUGUGAAGGGAUCACAAGCAAGGAAACAAAAGUUUUUGGAUUGUGUUGGUCAUAGUUCUCUUGGGUCUAAAAGAGGUUUGAGGCAAGAUGUCCCAACUAGGUGGAUUUCUACAUUUCUCAUGCUUGAUAAUGCACUUUUUUAUAAACGUGCCUUUAUGCAUCUUGAGCUAAGUGAUUCCAAUUACAAACAUUGUCCAUCUAGAGAUGAAUGGGAUAGAAUUGAAAAGAUCAAUAGUUUCUUGUCUGUUUUUUAUGAUAUCACUUGUGUCUUCUCUGGAACCAAGUAUCCAACCGCAAACCUCUACUUUCCUUACGUUUUUACAGCACAUUUGACAUUACAAGAUGGAUUGAAGAGUGAUGAUGCCUAUAUUGUGAAUAUGGCAGGAAAGUUGUUUACUAAAUUUGAGAAAUAUUGGCAUGACUUUAGCUUGAUUUUAGCUAUAGCUGUUAUUUUGGAUCCGAGAUAUAAGCUGAGUUUUGUUGAAUCGUGUUAUAAUAAAUUGUAUGGUGCUGAUGGGAAAAAUGAAUUAACAAAGGUCAAGAACAAGCUGAAUUCUUUGUUUUGUGAGUAUGCAAUUGAUGGAAUCAGAAACUAUUCAACAAGUUCUUCAUCAACCAAGGUUGGAGAUGGUGGGACAACACAUCAAACCUCAUUUUCUAACAUAUCUAACAAUGUUUUGAGUGAAUUCGAUAAUUUUAAUGAAGUGAUUGUGCCCCAAAAGUCACAGCUUGAAUUAUAUUUAGAGGAUCAAAGGUUUGACAGAAAAGCUGAGUUAAAUGUAUUAAAAUAUUGGGAGGCUAACCAAUUUAGGUAUCCGGAGAUUGCUGCAAUGGCGAGAGAUAUAUUUGCGAUACCUAUUUCUAGUGUUGCUUCUGAAAGUGCUUUUAGUGUUGGGGGAAGAGUGCUUGAUCAAUACAGAAGUGCACUCAAACCUGAUACAAUGGAAGCUUUAGUUUGCACUAGAGAUUGGCUGUAUGGAGAGCAAAAGCAUCCAACUGUAGCUUUUGAAGAAUUAUUAAAAGAUGUCAUGGAAGAAAUUUCUAUUCAACAGUCAGCAUUUGACCAUGCUUCUCAAAGUAUUUUCUCAACUAGGAUGGAAAAGAAAGCACUUGUUAAAUCCUUGGCUAUAAUGGAAGCACUCGUUGAUUUUGAAUUUUUGGCAGCACCUUUGAUGGAGUGGGCUGUUGAAGCUACUAAGAAUGUUGAGCUAGGUAACAAAGAACUCUCACAAGCCAUUAAGAAGAAUAGCAGCGCAGGAGGUUCCUUUUACUAUUUUUGUUUGUGCUUACUUUUUCGAUCCUCUUUCUUGAUUGGUACAGUUAAAUGGCGUUGGAAAGCAUCUUUUUCUAGAUGCGAUAACAGUAAUAUUUACUCGAGAGGGACAAAUGUGGAUAUAUCAAAUGAUUUGACUAAUCAGUUUAUGAAGGGAAUGAUACAAGAGACUUGGAGAUGUUAA